AUGUCUAUGCAUCAGAGCCUCGAUGAUGCAAUAUGUCUUCUUGCCUUGGUCACUCAACGACCACCGGGCCUUGAAGAAUCAGUAGAAAAGACGGAAGCCAAGGAUAUUGAUGAAGAGUCACAGUCCAAGUCCGACGAGAAAUUGGAUGAUCCUGAAGAUCCAGCUGUGUUAGGUAGCGAUCCCGAACGUGAGCAAUACCGCAUCGAACUGAAGAACCAAUUCCUCGACCGACUUGCCGAAACACUAGCUCGCUUCAAGAACGAUGCCCAGGCCAGAAAUUCAAAUGAUGCAAAACAUGUUUCCGCGGCUAUGAUGGUCUGCUAUGAAGACGAAGAGCACGUCAAAAUAUUUUGCGCUAAGAAUGAGGGGCUUGAUAAGGAAGACAAUGACUUCCUGGCUAGAUGGAAGUUACAAUAUGCCUCUAAUGAGGAUACCUUUGCCAUGUUUAACCUCGUUGCGGAACAUCAGUGGCCACGGAUUACAACCUAUCUUGAGUCCCUGAAGCGGGUGUUUCAAUCCAAUAUAAAUUUGGGCUCGGUCAAGAGUAUGCUGAAACCGUUUCUGGUAGAAGAGUUGGUUUUGACUAUUCCAUCUUUGCAGAGUAGAGAGUGGGAGGACGACAGUGGGUUUUUGUAUACUAUACCGCUGGGCUUUUCCGAGCGGGCAGGUCGUCCCGUGCCUGCGGAAGACUUGGACAACAUGAAAUCAAACACUACUUGCACUGGUGAGACAAUAUGCGAGAUUCAGGGCAGUGUUUCCGAGCUUUUUGAGGAAAUUCAUCGCCUCUGUCAGCCUGAUACUACACCAGAAGACCAGAAAAACCUUUUGAAGGAAAUUAUGAGUCGCAUGUUUGAACUCUGGAGAGAGUCCCGGGCUCGAUUUAUGCUGAAGGCUGCCCUAAGAAGACAGUUCACACGACAAGAAGACAAAUACACUUUACUUUUUUUGGCUAGGGUAUGCUAUGCUGCAUAUAUCUACGUCGAAGUUGCCAAGGUCUCUCGAUCUUUUCGAUCUAUCGAUAUUGUGUCUGUUUCACACAGCGGAAAUCAAGGUCAGCGCAAAAGCCGACGCCGGCAUAAGAAAAAACGACGAUCUACAGCAGAUGAUGAAUGCGCAACUAUCUUAGAUGUCAUCAAAACUCUAGGUCUCGCUUUUCACCCUAGCUGGAGAAUUUAUCUAGCGCAGAAUGCGGCGAAAUUUACCAACAUGCGCAAUUCCAAACGAGAUAAGGAUUUUUACCACGCAGAAUCUCAGCUCCUGGCUUACUUUGAGUAUUCGAUGUCCCCGGACGAUAGAAACCAGUCACACAAAUAUAUCGGAUGUAGUAGGCGCUGUUGCUGGCUAUGUCAUGUACUCGUUCGUGCUCACGAACAUUUUGGGGUGCGAGGAACACACGAGACAUUACUAUACAGGUGGAACGUGCCUACGCCCUCUCUGACAGAGAAGCGCAGCUCCUCGGCGCAACUCGACUUGGCCAUGGAGCGUUUACUCAUGGAAGUAAUGUUUUUACUCCAGGAUUUGCUCAGUCGUCCAAAGGAAAAGCGCCUUCAGCUCAAGGCACAAUCCUCACAUGCACUUUCAUCUACGGGGGCUAUAUGGCAGCAGAAGCCCGUGUACCACAAUUCAUCCCAUCGAGACUUCCAGCGGAUGGUGAUGAUGCCCACAGUCUUCAAUAACGGCCUGCUUAUUACACCAAUUUAUGGAAGGCCGGGGUACGCAACGGUUUCGGGGGCCCGCUUUAAUCAUCGAGCAAUAGAGAUGACCUUCACAGAAGCCGAACGGCUCAAAGAUGAGGAUAUUCGUUCUAUGUUCAAGCUAGAACCUCCGCACAAAAUGCCUCUUAGGCGCAUUUCCCGUUCACAUAAAUGCAAGGCAUGUGGUCAACCAUCAGAAUCCCGUUGCGCAGCAUGUCGGAUGAACUAUUGCUCUAGGAGAUGUCAAUCAAAAGACUGGUUUAGACACGUUUUUGUCUGCUGUGUCAAGAGUCGACCCAAUGAUGCGGAUUAUCUAAAACUUCUGACCAGGCAAUGGGUUGCCGUCAUGGACGACUUGGUCCCCCGGACUCGUUUCCUAGCCACUCUUUUUGAAGACGAUCACCUCUGUAAGGCUUUUGGAUUCAAUAUCUGCGUGCAGGAGAUGGAUAUUGUCCAUCUUUUCUGCAUAUACAACAAUCUCACUUCCAGAUUUCCGUCAAGGAUGCUUCAGCAUUUUGUCGACUAUUAUAGCUUAGGAAGAUUUAUUGAGCAUUGGAUCAAGUAUCAAAUGGCGCAGAAUAAUAUGCAAGAUUGCGGUUGCUUUCCGUGGUUUCUCAGUCUGCAUCAAUCAGGCGCUUUGGAUAUCCCUGAUCGUGGUGGAGAGUACCUUUACCAGCUGUGGGCUAUCCAAGAGCUGGACAAGAUGUUCCCUGUUUAUAAUGACAGUGUUUUGUCUAGACCAGAACAUGUUGUUAGGUUUUUGUAUAGGAUCCUUCUCCGAGACAUCAAUAAUAUUCCCAAGGUCGGUGAUCCGGAGUGGGUCAGAUUCGGCUUCUGUUAUUGCACAAAGAGGGCCCAGAUGCAACUUCUUGCAAAGGCCUACAUCCAGCUGGCCACCCAUGCAUCGCUCAAUCAAAUAGCAACAGCAUGGAUGUCUGAUAGCUUACUGGGUCUCAUGGAAACUAAAGGUAUCUCAAUGUCAUCUCUUGUUUCCGAAGGAAUCUACCCCCGUCAGCCUUCGCCCGAAACAAUCGGCAUCUACCGCCUCAUGUCAGAAGUUGCACACGGUCUCGGUGGGUGUCCAAGCUGCGCAUGCAAGAACGCCCGAUGCGGAUUCCAUUCAAAAGACGAGCCUUUGCUCUGCAAAGAAUCUGAGGCCGACUAUGGGUUUCUUUCAGUCAAUACAUGGGAGCGCUGGAGAUUGUUGAACUUCUACUCCAAUCUCUUCGCAGAUCCAAAGUUCAAUCCGCAAAAGAUGCAAGAAGCAAAGCGAGAUCCAGAUCCGCAGGUCCUUGAAACAUAUAUCGAAUCAGUGGUUCCGGGCUUUCGCCGCGUAAUCUGGAAUGAACAUUUGACAGAUGGGAUGUUUCCCAAACUUGGGACUCGACUCAAAUUCCGGGGCCCUCACCCGUCCUGCGAAUGCUUUAUUCAUAACCUUCCUCUCUCUGAAGGAGUGGACCAUAAUGUCAACGUAGAAAUUGAUUGGAUCUGCGAACAAUACAGGGAGAGGAAUAGAGAGAAGGCUUCUGAUCCAUGA